AUGGAGAGCCUAAAACUCCUUCUCAUUUUCAUCAUUUCAGCUUACGCAGUCGAAGAAAUUGAAAAAAAUUACUGUUGGUCUUAUCAAUGCAAGACAAAUACCACGACUUUUAACUCAUCAACCUGUAUCUACCCUAACACUUUAUAUUCAACCUACGUCCUGAAUGCCUGCACAUCAUCUUCUACUCCUUAUUGCCCACCUAUUUAUGGAACUUACCAAAACUCUUCAUGCACAACUAUUCCAGAUACAACAGCAGUGACUAAUUUAUAUCCAGGGGAAACUUGUUCAGCGAACAGCAUGUGUGCUUCAAAUAAUUGCACGAAGGCUCAUUGUGUGGGGGUUAGCUUGAAUGGAACUUGCACCAAGCAUGAUUAUUGUGGCCCUGGAUUGAGGUGUGCAUCAGGAACUUGCAAAGCUUUAUUAAAUAUAAAUGAAGUGGGCUGUACUACGGAUUAUGAUUGUGUGCCUAAAGCAGGAUGCAAUAUUACAAGUACUGGAGGGGUUUGUGUAGAAUAUUCUGAAUAAAGAUAAAUAUGUCCUUGUUGUCAUUGUUGGAUCUUUAUUUUUUACAUAAUAAAAGGUAAUGAUUUUCAAUUCACUUAAAAUUUUUACAAGAAAAGAAUAUUUUUCUUUACCACUUAGCAGUGUGAUUUCCAAUUGCACCAAAACUAAACAAGGCGGCUAUUCUAAUUUGUGUAAAUCUGGAGUUUGCUUAUACACUUCAUUAUUUUCAACCAAGGGAACUUGUUCUAAUGCACCUACAUCAGUAGCAACAACCCCACAGCAAUGUACGAGUGACAGCCAAUGCAUGGGGAAGACAGAAACAAAUACUUAUUUCACGAGCUGCCAAUGUGGGAUGAACCCAUCAGGAUUAUCAUAUUGUCAGCCAUUCUAUGGAGAUUCGCCUUAUUUGAAUUAUAUUUCUUCAUAUAGGACUUUUAUGUGGAGUGAGGCUCUUGAUAAGUGUAAUACAGUGAGAAGGUUUGAUGAUAAUUGCUGGAAAAUGACUGUAGGGCAGAAUUAUACGAAUUUAUACGUGUCUAAAUAUCAAAUAGAAAAUUAUCCUCAAUUGCAAAAUAAUGAUGCUUGUACUAAAACGAUUUAUUUUUCGAAUUAUUACUCCAAAACUUACUCCGGGGCAGCUUCACUUAUUAUUUCUCUUUACCUGUUGAUGCUAAGCUAA